CAACCUAAGGGCAUAAACUGCGUUAAGCGUGCCUCUCGCGUGUCCAUACAAAAACGACCCGCGCGUGCCCAUGCGCGUGCACACGCUCGUGAGCCCGUCGCGUGAUACUUCCGUGCAAUGGAGCACGCAUGCACGCGACGUGAUCACGCAUCACGUUGGACGGGUCCACGCGCGAAGCCCGCUAGCGGGUGCACGCGCGUGCUUGUUCAGUUGACAGCGCUAUCUCGAACCGACCGCACGCGCGUGCCCGGCCCAUAACAAAAAAUGACAAAUUUUGAUACAGAAAGGGUAAUUGUUGAAGUUCAGUGUCGUCCUGCCAUAUGGGACCAAUCAAGCGAAAUAUUUAAAGACCGGGACGCUAAAUCAAAAGCAUGGCUAGACAUUUGUAAAGUACUGUUUGAAAAUUUUGAUGACUGGAGUGAAGCAGAAAAAAACAUACAAGUGAAAAAGCUGCAGCAAAGAUGGAAAACUGCAAGAGACACUUAUAUAAGAGUGAGGUCUACUAAAAAAAAACUUAAAUCAGGCUCCGGUUCCAGGGCAAAUAAAACAUACAUUUACUAUAACAUGCUGUCAUUUUUAGAUUCAAACUCGAAUACUCAAGGAGAAGAAUCGGCAGACAAUUUUAAUCAGUCAGUAGAGCAAAACGCGUCACCGAGAACUUCACAAAAUAAUACGAUUAUUGAAGAAGAUUUGAUUAAUGUACCUAGCACCAGCUCCAGCGUUACCAAAGAAACACGAUCUUCCAAGAAACGUAAGUGCGAAUCGCCAACUGAUUUCGAAUUAGAGUUGUUAAAUUGCGUGAAGAAUAACACUGCAGAUAAUAUGGACGAAGACUUGAAUUUUUUUAAGUCAUUAUUACCAACUGUAAAAAAAUUGAGUCGCUUUAAAAAAUUAUUAUUUCGUACGAAAGUAUUAGAAGCUUUAAUUGAUAUUGAAAAAGAAAUGAUUAUUACCAUUGAUGACCUUUCAUUAACGCAAAAUACGGUAACGAAUGAUUUAGAAUCCUUAAAUGUAAGAUCAGAUACGAACAAUGAAUAAAUAGGUAACAAGAAAGACUUUGAAGAUUUGAUUAAGACUGUUUAAUUAUUAAGAACAAAAGAAAGAGAAGAACAUGAAGAACUAUUUAAGUUAGUAAAAAGCGCAAUUUUAUAUUUAUAUUUUUCUGGUCUCAUGUGCAAUUAUUAUGAUAUACAAGGGCAUUCGCCAAAAGUUUACAAGCCUUGAGGUGUCAUGUUCAUAAGGAAAGAAACGGGGUCGAUUCGGACACUUUUAUCUUAAACCCUAUUUUGGGGUCAAAUAAAAAAGUGUAUCAAUAGACUAUCCCUUUUUUACUUAAUGGACCUUUUUUUUGAACCUACUCAUAACAUUGCUCCUUCAUAUGUCCUCUUCUUAAAUUUAAUCUUUUAUGUAGUAAACUGUGAUUAUGAUUGUGAUGAUAAAUAAGAAUUUAAAAUAAUAUUAGUACCCGAUCUAGUAAUAGAAGGGAAUAAUUAAUAAGGGAAAUAUUCAUAUGUAAAAACUUGCAAUCAAUAUGCGUCAUUAUAAUUAAUACUUUGUAAGGUAGGUAUAUUAUUAUAAUUAAGACAUUUAGACUUAUUGUACUGUUUUAACUGUUAUUGUGUUUUUUUAUUUUAAACUUGAACCUGUGAUUUUAUUAGUGUAUUUCAAAUGAAUAAUCAAUGACUAAUUGUAACGUAGCGUUUAUGCAAGACACUGUGAUGACUGUUGUGAUUAAGUAUAUAAAAAAAUAAGUGAAUAAGUAGGUAUAGAUAAAAAAAACGAAAAAGAUAAAACUGUGUAAUUUAGAAAUAACAAAAUAUAAUUAAUAAAUAUAAGAAACUGUGAUUAAUAUGAUGAUUAAUAAGUGUGCGGUUAUGUGUUUCGGUCCUAAGAACAGAGUGAACCACAUCAAGAAAAACAUUUUAAGCCAUAUUCAGGUGUCACUGCCGAAACAAUAAGAACUUCUUCUUCUUUCUUGCUUGAUGUGGCUAAACAGUAAUGUGACUUACAUAAAUUGGCAAAAAAUAUGAGUGUUCUAAACUUUUGUUAAAUAAUGACUGUUUUUUUACAUGAAUAAAGAUGAUUAUUAAUAUCGAAAUGUCUUUACUUACCGCAAU